AUGGGGCCCGCUGUGUCUGCCCUGGGUCUCAAGCAGGCAGCAAGGAGGCUGUGCUCAGGGCUCUUUCCACGCUUGCAUUUCCCUAUCCUGGACACAUUCCACGAUAUCCUCAACAAUUUCACAGGGCCAGUUCGUGGGCUGGAGAUUGCGGAGGCCGGGGAGAGCCCGCUGAACAUACUCCAGCGAUGGCGAUACCGAAAGGCAACGGACCCGAGGGACAAAGCUUUUGCACUGAUGGGCAUGUUUUCACACACACCCAUCCCUGGUGUGCAAAUCUGCGACUACGACAUGUCCGUCGUCAAUCUAUACAAGAAGGUUACCACGGGGCUGAUACAGAGUGAGAAAGGCCUCAGACCACUUGUCGGCCUGCGGCCGAACAGCAUCCCAGAUCUCCCUUCAUGGGCGAUUGACCUGUCACAAACACCUUGUGACAACACCCCACAUUGGUGGUGGAACCACUCCCACCGGUACAAGAAGUUCGCGGCUGAUGGUGGGGAGGAUCUGCAGUUCACGUCGCCAUUGCAUGGAGACAGCCUGCUCUCUUUAAGGGGCAUAUCGGUAGACAAGGUACAAAAGGUCGGAAGCCCACUCCGAGGAGAUGGCCCAGAGAGCAUUUCGAACGAUCAAAUCAUCGAAUCCACGAACAUCUGGCAGCAGCUAAUGGAACGAGCGCUGGGAGACCGGAAGUAUCCCAGUGGUGAGACUCCAGCUGAUGUAUUUUGGCGAACCAUGAUGGGAGACCUUCUCAUGCAAGAGUUCCCGCUGCGGAGGGCUAAUGAGAACGACGCUCGCCUAGCCGCUUUGCAAUUCCAUGGAGGCAGUCCCUUGAACAAACUCAUCUGCAACUCCGUUCGCAUGAUGAUAGUUGGUCAGACCUUCUUUGUCACAGAGAGAGGGUACGUUGGUGUCGGUCCACCGAACUUAGCCGAGGGGGACGAGGUUUGGGUGCUUUCGGGCGGCAAGGUGCCGUUCAUUCUGCGGCCAUCCACUGGCGAUAAAAGCCCUCGAAGUAGUGCGACUUCCAUAUUCUCCCUGAUAGGUGAUGCCUUUGUGUAUGGCAUUAUGGACGGGGAAGCAAUAGCGUUGCACAAGGGCGGGCCGCAGGCUGUGUAUCUGCACUGA